CAUUCCGUAAAUCGCUGAUUUCGAUGUGAUUCAUGGUUAUUCAGAAUAAUUUCCAACUUGUUUUCAAUAUUUCCUAUAUUGAAGGAAAAAAUGAAACACAAUUAACAGUGAUGUCCUCAAUUGACAAGCUACAAUAGUUAUAUUUGAUAAAUCGAAGAGAAAUCAGGUGAAGGUUGAUAUUUGUAAUAAAAUUUUAAUAUCCGUUAAAUUAAGUAAUGUAUUAUUAUUAUUUUACUUUAUUUUUAGGAUGGAGAAUAAUUUAAGUCGAAGUGGUAGCCGAUCGAGCUCAGUAUGUGAGCUUGAAAAAGAUUUCAGUGAUAUGGAAAUUAUGAAAAGUAGGACGAACAGACGUAACGUAAUGGUUCGGGCACAGCCAGCGCGGAAAGCGAAACGAGUUAGGUUUUUUCGAAAUGGUGAUAAAUUCUAUUCAGGAGUAACAAUUCCAGUUUUACCAGAACGUUAUAGAUCUUUUGAUAGUUUAACAUCCGAUUUGACAAGGAUAUUAGUUGACAAUGUAACUUUACCAAGUGGUGUGCGGACAAUUUAUUCACUUGAAGGUAGAAAAAUAGGUAAAUUGGAUGAUCUUGAAGAUGGACAGUCAUAUGUCUGUAGUGGUUUUGGAGAGCCAUUUAAAAAAUUGGACUAUGAAGCCAGUGCAGUGACACCCCAAUCAUUUAGACUCAGUGGACCAGAGUCACUAAGUGACAGUGCCAGCCCUUCUCCAGCACGAGCUAAUAAUAGAUUGUCCCGGUAUUUGCAGACAAAUGGUAGUAGCACUACUGGCAACGGGACAGCAAGAGUUAGCCCUGCAGGUGACAAUGUGGUCAGACCACGUAUAGUUACUAUUAUUAGGAAUGGAGUUAAACCUCGCAAGGUCUGUAGACUAUUGCUGAAUAAACGCAAUAGUCCUACAUUAGAGCAUGCUUUGGUGGCUAUCACGGAUUGUAUUAAACUGGACACAGGCUGUGUACGGAAGGUGUUCACACAAACAGGCACCGCGGUCACCUCACUACAUCAGUUCUUUGACGAUGAAGAUGUGUUUUUUGCUUAUGGAAAUGAAAGGGUCAAUCAGGAAGAUUUUGAAUUAGAAUUUGAAGAAAGCAAAGCAGUAUUACAAUGCAGGAAAACUCCAAUCACAAGAAAUUCCAGGUCUGGUCCGAAACCCCGUAUGCCAGUGAAGGCUGGCGGUGCAGCUCGGGUAGUAAAUGAAGCCGGUUCUGGUGAUGCCGGUGAAUCUACAGAUCCGAACGCUACAACGCUAUUGCCACAACCCCUUAGACUCAAGUACAGCGUCGGCAAAAUUAUUGGUGACGGCAAUUUCGCUGUCGUACGGAUAUGUAAAGACAAAUCUACAAAUAAAGAAUACGCUCUCAAGAUUAUAGAUAAAGCGAAAUGUAAAGGAAAAGAACACUACGUCGAAGCCGAGGUUCGAGUAAUGCGGAAGCUGUGCCAUCCGCGUAUUGUAUCUUUAAUCGAAGAGCAAGAUAGUCCUGAAUUGCUGUUUCUUGUCAUGGAACUUGUCAGUGGUGGCGACUUAUUCGAUAGUAUUGCGGCUGCUUGCAAAUUCUCUGAACCACAAGCGCGUUUGCUAAUCGGCCACCUAACAUCAGCUAUCGCAUACCUACAUUCGCUUUCUAUAGUGCAUCGUGACAUCAAACCCGAAAACUUAUUGGUGGAAGUGGGUCUCGAUGGCAGUAUUCGUGGCCUGAAGCUGGCUGACUUCGGGCUCGCAGUUGAAGUAUGGCGGCCGUUACACGCAGUCUGCGGCACACCUACCUACGUAGCGCCUGAGAUCCUCCUCGAAACCGGUUAUGGUCUAAAGGUAUGGCCUAUUUCUUUUUCUUUCAAGCAUUUAUUUAACUUGCAAUGUAUAUGUCGCAGCCAACUGGUUAAAACAACUGUUCGAUUUGGCGGCUAGCCAUUUAAUUGGAUGGCGUCAUGCAAUUGCACGACUAGUUUUCUAGUUG